AUGUCAAACCAUCCUCAUAACCUCAACAAUGUCCCCCGCGACAUCCCCAAGCCCGCCUCGGCCGACGAGCUCGUCAAGAAUGGCAAGAAGAAGAAGUCCUUCAUGUCCAACAUCUUCCGCAAGAAAGGGAGGAGCGGCGCGGGGAGCUCGGAGAAGAGGACGACCUCGCGCCGAGACAUCGUCUUCGAUUUGGACGAGAAAUACGGCGGCGGCGCCGGCGAGAGGACGGACGCCACGACGAUGGCGGAGGAGUUCUUGGACGCGUCUCCCACCGUCCGCAAGAGCGUUUCAGAGCGGCAUUGCGCGACGCGAAUCGAGAGCCUGACACUGAGCUGCCUGGAUUCGCCCAGCAGGCAGAACGUCGAUACAAGGGAAUACAGGGUGUUCGUGGGCACGUGGAACGUGGGAGGGAAGCCUCCUAACAGCAGCCUUAACCUAGAAGAUUUUCUUCAGAUAGAAGGAUUACCUGACAUCUACGUCCUAGGGUUCCAGGAGAUCGUGCCUCUGAACGCGGGCAACGUGCUGGUGGUGGAGGACAACGAGCCGGCGGCGAAAUGGCUGGCGCUCAUCUACCAGGCCCUCAACAAGCCCCAGCACCAGCAACACCAACAGCAGCAGGACCAGCAGUCCUCCGGCGACGAGCUGUCGCCGACGGAGUCAUCCGCCGCCGCGGCGUCCACCUCCACGUCCGCCCAGACCCUGAGCCGGCAGGGCGCCGGCCGCGAGCGCGGCCCGUCCAUCCCCAAGUCCUCCAGCAGCGGCGCGCUCCUCUUCCACAAGCCGUCCCUCAAGGCGCUCAGCAAGAACUACCGCGUCAACAGCGCGCUCGUCAAGACCUGCACCUGCAUGUCCGACCCCUCCACCAUGAUACGCCGCGCCCGGGAGAUGCGGGACUUCAUCUACCGUGUCGAGGCCUCGUCGUCCGGCGGCGAGGAGCCGGACCAGUACCCCUCCUCGUCCUCGUCUCCAGGGUUAGGAGGAUUCGAUGCCAUUGGCGGCGGCGGCAAUGGCGGGAUGAACUACUGCCUGAUCGCCAGCAAGCAGAUGGUGGGCAUCUUCCUGUCGGUGUGGGUGCGGCGGGAGCUGGUGCAGAACAUCGGCCACCUCCGCGUGGACUCGGUCGGCCGCGGCAUCAUGGGCCGCCUCGGCAACAAGGGCUGCAUCGCCAUGAGCAUGACGCUGCACCAGACCAGCGUCUGCUUCGUGUGCAGCCACCUGGCCUCCGGCGAGAAGGAGGGCGACGAGGUGCGCCGCAACGCCGACGUCGCCGAGAUCCUCAAGAGCACCCAGUUCCCGCGCAUCUGCAAGGUGCCCGGCCAGCGGAUCCCCGAGAAGAUCAUCGACCACGACCGGAUCAUAUGGCUCGGGGACCUGAACUACCGCGUCGUGCUGAGCUACGACGAGACCAGGGCGUUGCUCGAGGAGAACGACUGGGACACCUUGCUCGAGAACGAUCAGCUGAUGAUCGAGAGGCAAGCAGGAAGAGUGUUCAAGGGGUGGAAGGAAGGCAAAAUAUACUUCGCGCCAACGUACAAAUACAAGCCCAACACCGACACCUACGCCGGGGAGACCACGAAAUCGAAGAAGAAACGGAGAACACCUGCCUGGUGUGACCGGAUACUGUGGCAUGGCCGGGGGAUAGAGCAGCUGCAGUACAUCAGGGGCGAGUCCAGGUUCUCCGACCACCGGCCCGUCUGCAGCGUCUUCGUGGUCGAAGCUGAUGUAGAUAAUGGGAGCAAGAUCAGGAAGGGUUACUCCACCCUGGACUCCAGGAUCCACUGCGAGUCGCCGUUGCCGAUACCACAGAGACACAGCUUCUAUGACUUUUGA